CAUGCUCCCCUCCUUGUCCACGAUCCCAUCUCAGCCAGUAUGGGUAGGGACUCCUUCCAUUACCACACAGCAUGCCCCACGAUCAGACGUGCUCCCGUUUCUCCCUCCACCUUCACCCUCCUCAUUGGCUUCUGACUCACCUCAUUCCAUUGUCUUUUCUAAACCAGCCGAACCACCCACCCAAGUGCCUUUCUUCCCCCAAACAGCUCCUCCUGGCUCCUCUUUAGCUAUUAGCAUAGCUAAUUCCCCAAUCCCAUUCGCUGGUGAAAUGAACCACACUCCAUCCAAAAAUGCCCUUGAUUUGCUAGGCAUCCCUCAUCUAGGUUUUUCUGGAUCCUCCACAGGACAGCGGCCCGAGCUGCCCCCUACAGCAGGUCCUCACUCCGCAGGCUCCCCCAUACCUGCGUUUUUGAGCUCCGUGGCAGAACUGCCUCACCUGCCUCCUGUUCCCCUAGUACCUGGAAGUCUUCCUCGGCGUCCAGAUGGACCGCCUUCACAGGCAGUGGCGGAAGGGGCUUCAAGUCCUACAUCCAUCCACUCUGUGGAAACUGGGGUGGCCAAGGGCAUGCACAGUGAGGUGUCUUUGCCGACUUCUAAGAGUGCAGCAGCCGCUGCUGUGACCCAGGAGGCUGUGUCUUUGCUUUCCCAGACUGCAAGAUCUGGGGCAGUGGAAACGACCACCAGAAAGCUAGCCCCUGCUACUGCAAAUGACUCCACUCACCCACUGCAUUUGCCAGCUGCUCCAGAGAAUUCCAAAGGGCCCACUUUUUCGGCAGAACACACGGCUUCCUCGUUGGUGCCUUCUCCUCUGCCUCUCCCCACUGCCAGCCGAGGGCAAGCCAUCCUUUCUGGGGCACGGAACAUCACAGCAGCCGACUAUCCCUCCCCACCCACUUUCACCCAGCUGACACAGAAUCAGGCUUCCCCAUCCACUGCACCCCUAAAGCCAGCUCCUCAAGAAGAGGGCACCAGUGGGUCCCCUCCGACCGCAGCUACAGACUUCCCCGGGUCUAGCAAAUCUCCUGAUCUCCUUUCUGCCUCUCUUCUGCGGGAGGAAGAGAGCAUGACAGCUGUUUUAAAGAAAAACGAAAAGGCAAACUUGACAGUUGCUCUCCAGACCCUUCCAAGAAAAGACAUUCUGAGUCUUCACACUGUAAAUGGGUUCCCCUCUGAUUCCAGCACGGAUCAUAUUUCAUCUUUUCUCCUUACAACACUGAGAACAAAACUCCCUUCAGAAUCAGCGCUCCCUUCCAUGCUGUCCGCACGAGGCCCCCAGACUAUUCUCCCAACCCCGCGCUCGUCCAGCGCCAACCCAGAGGCUCUUGCAGCUGCAGAAGGCCGCUCUGAGUCACCAGUCCCAACGUCCCAACAGGUGACAGCAUUUCCCUCCUCUGCUGAGGUCUAUGAUUUCUCAACAAGGAGAGGUGUUUUAAAGCCAGCGACCACAGAUGUUUUCGGGAGUUCUCUUCCCACAGAAACUGGAUCCCUCUCCAUACAGCCAAUGAGAUCUGGCUUGCAGCAGCAGACAAAUUAUGAUUUAAAUGGGCACACCGUUCACUCCACCCGUUGGGAAACUCAUUCAGCUUCAACUCCUCCUCCCAGUGGUUCAACUUUAGCGGCCAGAACAAUAAAAUCUUCAGAUCUCAGAGCUACUGCUGCGCCAUUAGUAACUGCAGAAGGCUUCACCGUCCAGCAUCCUGCCCUUCGUACCAGCGCCAACCAGCCUGUCCCACAGUCAGAGGUUACCAUGGUUGGAAACCAUACGGACGUGGUGUCCUUAACUGGUGCCUAUUCCAGAGACUUCCAAACAGCUGAGGUUGAAAAGGACCCAUCCACAGGCCAACACGCUGCAUCUCAUCCCCGUCUCCAGCUGCCUGGGCAUGCAACACCUGCUCUUUUGCCAGGCUCUCCAAGGCUGACUUAUGCGGCCCGCGUCCACGAAGUGCUUUCAGACGGAAUAGAUAGGAGUCUCUCCAUUUCCAGUGAUGUCUAUCCAUCUCCUGAGAUAAGUGCUUCUCCACCAUUCCAGAGACCCUUGAGAGAUCACACGACGGCUGAGUUUCCUCUACCAAGCAGGGCCGGACUCAGGACCCCGUCCAAAGUACUGCUGGCUUCUCAGGGCCCCGACAAACGGACAGGUGCAGCCACGCGUGCAGUGGACCCCUCCGUGUCGUCCAGGGCGGAACCAACAGCAGCAGCCACCCCUGCAGCUACGUCGUUCCCGGGGAAAUCAAGUCCACGGGCGCUGUCUGCAGCCCUGAUCGCCAAGGGCCCUGGCAGUAACCCUUCGGCCGUGGCCUCGGGAUUAGUUAAGAGCAGCUGGACCGCUGCGCUAGCUAAAAAUGCCACAAACAACACAGCGCCUGGCCCAAAGACGACAGCGGGGGCUGUGCAUCCGACCUUCUCCUUCACGCCAACCUACAUGUUUUCCAGAACAGCACACACCGUGAGUGCUCACACAGCCAUGCAAGGGAACGCAGGCACCGCCUCUGGCCUGCUGUCCACGACACACCUCCCCAGGAAACCACAAGCCAUGCACACGGGCCUUCCCAACCCCACCAACCCAGACAUGCCCCGGGCAGCCACCGCCCGCCCGCUGACCAUCACAGCAGCCUUGACGUCCGUCACCGCCCCCGGGAGGGCCACCCGCUUGCCACCCGCGCUGGCGGGAAAUACAGAUGCCGCUCUCCCCGCUGCGUCAGCUUCCGUGGUCACCACCGGCAAAAUGGCGUCCAACCUGGAGUGUCAGAUGUCCAGUAAGCUCCUGGUGAAGACAGUUCUCCUUCUGACCCAGAGGAGAGUGCAGAUCAGUGAAACCUUGAAGUUCAGUAUAGCCAAAGGGCUCACGCAGGCAUUACGGAAGGCUUUCCAUCAGAAUGACGUCUCAGCUCACGUGGACAUUCUGGAACAUUCUCAUAACAUCACUGUGGGUUAUUAUGCUACCAAAGGGAGGCUCGUGUACUUGCCUGCUGUGGUGAUCGAAAUGCUGGGUGUUUACGGGGUCAGCAACGUCACCGCAGAUCUGAAGCAGCAUACCCCAAACUUGCAGUCGGUGGCAGUCCUUGCCUCCCCGUGGAAUCCCCAGCCUGCCGGCUACUUCCAGCUGAGAACAGUGCUGCAGUUCGUGAGCCAGUCCGACAACAUCCAGUCCUGCAAGUUUGCUCAGACGAUGGAGCAGCGGCUGCAGAAGGCCUUCCAGGAUGCCGAGAGGAAAGUCCUGAAUACCAAAAGCAACCUGACCAUUCAGAUGGUGAGCACAUCCAACGCCUCCCAGACUGUCACUUUGGUGUAUGUGGUUGGCAAUCGGAGCUCCUUCCUCAACGGCACGGUCGCCAGCAGCCUCCUCCGCCAGCUCUCGGCUGAGCUGGUUGGGUUCUACCUCACCUACCCGCCGCUCACCAUUGCCGAACCGCUGGAAUAUCCUAACCUUGAUAUAUCAGAAACAACCAGAGACUAUUGGGUAAUUACAGUGCUCCAGGGCGUGGACAAUUCGCUGGUGGGCCUGCACAACCAGAGCUUUGCCCGGGUCAUGGAGCAGCGCCUGGCCCAGCUCUUCAUGAUGUCCCAGCAACAAGGCCGGCGGUUCAAACGGGCCACCACCCUGGGAAGCUACACCGUACAGAUGGUAAAGAUGCAGCGGGUGCCGGGACCCAAGGACCCAGCGGAGCUGACUUACUACACCCUGUACAACGGGAAGCCUUUGCUGGGGACUGCAGCUGCCAAGAUCCUGAGCACCAUUGACUCCCAAAGGAUGGCCUUGACCCUGCAUCAUGUUGUCCUUCUGCAAGCUGACCCCGUAGUGAAGAAUCCACCCAACAACCUGUGGAUCAUCGCCGCGGUGUUGGCGCCCAUCGCCGUGGUCACGGUCAUCAUCAUCAUCAUCACCGCCGUGCUCUGCCGGAAGAACAAGAACGACUUCAAGCCAGACACCAUGAUGAACCUGCCUCAGAGAGCAAAGCCUGUGCAAGGCUUUGAUUAUGCCAAGCAGCACCUGGGCCAGCAAGGGGCAGAUGAGGAGGUCGUCCCUGUGACUCAGGAAACGGUGGUCCUCCCACUCCCUGUUAGAGAUCCUCCUGCCUCUCAGGAAAGAGACAUCGCCCAGGACGGAAGCACCAUCAAGACGGCCAAGUCCACCGAAACCAGAAAGAGCAGGUCGCCCAGUGAGAAUGGCUCUGUCAUCAGCAACGAAUCAGGGAAGCCCAGCUCAGGGAGGCGCUCGCCCCAGAAUGUCAUGGCACAGCAGAAAGUGACAAAGGAGGAGGCACGGAAGAGAAAUGUGCCGGCAAGUGAUGAAGAGGACGGAGCCGUGCUUUUUGACAACACUGGCAAGGCGGCUGCCGAUCCCUUUGACACAUCUUCCGGAUCCGUGCAGCUCAUUGCCAUAAAACCCACAGCCCUCCCCAUGGUGCAUCCCACAUCGGACAGGAGCCAGGAGCCGAUGGCCCUCAACGGCGAGGUGAACAAAGCCCUGAAGCAGAAGUCAGACAUCGAGCACUAUCGGAACAAGCUGCGCCUCAAAGCCAAGAGGAAGGGUUAUUAUGACUUCCCCCCAGUGGAGACGAGCAAGGCUCAGACAGAAAGGAAAAAGAUGUACGAGAAAACCCAAAAGGAAAUUGAGCACGUUUUGGAUCCAGACCCAGAACUCUGUGCCCCAUUUGCUGAGUCUAAGAACAGGCAACCGAUGAAGAACUCUGUCUACCGAAGCCGGCAGUCUCUGAACAGCCCGAGUCCGGGGGAGACAGAGAUGGACCUUCUGGUGACUCGGGAGCGACCCCGGCGCGGGAUCCGGAACAGCGGAUACGAUACGGAGCCUGAGAUCAUAGAGGAAACCAACAUUGACAGGGUAAAUGAGCCCCGCGGCUACGGCAGGUCAAGGCAGAUGAAGGGCCACUCAGAGACGUCCACGCUCAGCUCCCAGCCCUCCAUCGACGAGGUCCGGCAGCAGAUGCACAUGCUGCUGGAAGAGGCCUUCAGCCUGGCAUCCGCAGGCCACGCAGGCCAGAGCCGGCACCAGGAAGCCUACGGCUCAGCACAGCAUCUGCCCUACUCGGAGGUGGUGACCAGCGCUCCGGGGACCAUGACACGGCCCAGGGCAGGGGUGCAGUGGGUGCCCACCUAUCGCCCAGAAAUGUACCAGUACAGUCUUCCUCGGCCGGCAUACAGGUUUUCCCAGCUUCCUGAAAUGGUCAUGGGCUCUCCCCCUCCACCUGUACCUCCCCGGACUGGCCCUGUGGCUGUUGCUUCUCUCAGGCGGUCCACCUCGGACGUGGGCAGCAAGACCAGGAUGGCCGAGUCCGCGGGGCCCGAGCCCGCCCAGCUGCACGACAGCGCCUCCUUCGCGCAGGUGUCCAGAGGCCCCGUGUCCGUGGCGCAGUUGGAUCAGUCGGCUUUAAAUUACUCAGGUAAUACGGUGCCGGCAGUGUUCGCCAUCCCAGCUGCCAACAGACCCGGCUUUACCGGCUACUUCAUCCCGACGCCUCCCUCAUCCUACAGGAACCAGGCCUGGAUGUCCUAUGCAGGAGAAAAUGAGCUCCCCAGCCAGUGGGCCGAUUCGGUCCCCCUCCCAGGGUACAUCGAGGCUUACCCCCGAUCGCGAUAUCAGCAGAACUCUCCGUCCAGACUCCCUCGCCAGUACAGCCAGCCCGCAGGCACGCACCCCAGCCUGGAGCAGGCGCCGGGGCCAUCCACGGCGGCCUCGCAGCAGAGCCUGGCCGAGAACGACCCGUCAGACGCGCCCUUGACCAACAUCUCCACUGCAGCCCUCGUGAAGGCCAUCCGGGAGGAGGUGGCCAAGCUGGCCAAGAAACAGACAGACAUGUUUGAGUUCCAGGUCUAAUACCUCCACCCCGUGGGACUUCCAGACUCCAAGGAAACAGUCUUCCGGUGCCUCGGCCUAACCUGCUGGGACUUGAGGUGCAGACCCUGUGGGAGUCAUUCUCACCCUCUGAAAAGGUGAACACUGGAGCUUCUGGGCCACCGAGGACACUCUUGGCCAACUGGAUUCUUGGCUGCUUCUGCUGAUUGUACAUCAAGAAGUCCCCACGUGGGACCCCAUGUUUGAUAGUCUGUAAAGUUAAAUGUUUGAACUGGGGGUGUAUUUCCCUACGGAGCCUUAGUCACAAGAGACACUAACUGAUCUGCAGAUCCCUGUCCAAGGCCACAUUUUAAUAAGUCACCGGAAGGGGGAGAACAUUGCUCUGUCUCCGGUGAGUUCUGCAUGUUAACCCUGUUUCUGUGUUAAAGGCGAUGUAGGCAUCUGAUUAAGCGCCAGACCGCACACUCUCUCUCAUUCAGCCGUGACUGUAAUCAUUAGUCACCUCCGGUCCGUCAAGGAGGUGUUGACUCCAGCCAAGAAACUCGAGCCCUUUUCUUUUAAAGGUUCAGAUUCAAAGUCAGAUGAAUUGGAUGAAAAUCCGGUACUGUCUAUGGCUCUACCUAUAAAUAGUCCUGACCCUUUUUUCCUCCCGUUCAUGAAACAAAGGCCAAGGAAGAGAGAAGAUUGAGGGGGAAUGGUGGGUUUGGGUUGACAGAUUUUUGGAAAGGUAUUACCGUUUGGGAACUUAAGUGCCCUGCAAGGUCGUAUCUAACUGAAAGAGGAUGCUAAGAGCUUUGAGGAUUAUACAAAAAAAAUCAGUCAUCCAUCUGAGGUCUUUCUUUGCCCGGCAAUGAAGGUGGUCUGAGAACAAAGAUUCUCUCUCCUUUGAGAUAAGAGAAAUAUCAACGUUUACAGGAAAACCUCUGUCUCUUCAACAGCGACGUCCAGCGUGUGCUGCCGAGGGACAGAGAAGGACAGAGUAACUGAUGCCUGUUCCGAAGCAGAAACAGUGAAUCCCCGGUCUCCCCCUCCCUUGGCUGCAGCCUCUGUUUAUAGAAGCUUCUGAAUGUAGAAAAUCUGUUGAUUUACGUUUAGAUGUAAAUACCAUUUUUAAAAGUGUAUGGAGUUUGCCAGUUCCCUCCGUCCCCGCCCCCACAGUCAACGGAUGCAGGAGGACAUUGGCUUACUUUAGGACCGCCACGUGGUAAAUGGCACUCCCUGGCAUGGUGAGGUGGUCUCCAGAGCUCUGGGUGGACACUGCCUCACAACCCCGAGGCACCAGCUGCUGACCAUCAAUGCCUAAGCAAACCAGCCACCGACUUCAGGUGGCCCCAAGGAGGGAACCUUGUGGCUCCCUCACCAGCUCUGGUGGGGGCCUCCUUGGUGUCUUGUUGGAGAAUGAGGUCCUGUCCUGCCUUCACCCAUAACCCAUCUAGCUUCAGCUGUAUCCAUGCCUUCUGAGCCCAUCUUGCCAUUUUUCCUCAUGAGUUUCUUUGGUCUUUACUGAGAGAAGGUGGAAAUUUAAAAGUUGAGAGACGAGUAGGAGUGGAACUGAUUCGAAUGGAGAUUCAAACUGUCAAAGCACAGACUUUUCAAAGAAGCUGUUUUUAUUUCCCAAUGGCAAAUUGCCCUUUCUGGAAAGUUCCAGAGAUGAUGUGUCAUGGAAUCCCCCCAAACAAGUCUCUUGUUCGGAUGAUAUUAGGUAGUGUCCUUUUGGUAUGCUGGUCGAUCUUUCAUAGUGUUAGUUUUUUGUUACUUAAAAAAAAAAAAUCAGCUAUAAAUAAAAUGUAUUUUUGUAAUUUCCAUGUGUAUAUAUGGUAUAUUUCUACCAAUGGCCAGUUGUUGUAGUCCAAAACCUAAAUCAGCUUGCAAAACACUGUGGAUGGUGCAAGAUUUUAUUGACAGAUUAACACAACGCCUAAGUCUAUCCAAAUAGGUAUUCAAUGCACUUGAAUGAACAAAGAGCCAAAGAAACUCAGCCUUUUCAUGCAAAUGGUAUGAGUCUGAUAAAGUCAGCCACAUUGUCCCGCCUUAUCAAUAAUAUUAAUAUUUCAUCAGUGCAAUGAUAUCAACCCAGUACUUUGUCUACUUGGUAAAUGCCUGGAUAUCCUGUAUGUGAAAAUGAAGUUUCAAGACCUUAGUGUGAUGAAACUGGACACUUCAAAGCCAGUGUCCGAGCUUUGGAUGUUCCAGUGACUUAUGGAGAAUGAGCCUACAGCCAGUAGUGGUGCGGCUCCAGCUUGCUCAGAGGAUGGAGAAACAAAUCAUUGCAGUCUUUGCCGAACCCCCAGGAAGUACUGAGUUAGUCAACUGAGAUGACUAAAAAUAUAGCGUGCUAAAUCAGACACACUCGUAAACUAGACACCACACGUUUAAGAAAAGUAUAUGGGAGGAAAACCUUAAACUGAAAAGAAAUCAAUCUGUUCAUGAUUUUUCCAGCACCAGGGAGACAGCUGCCAUUUUUAGAUUUUCUGUGACUGGUAAAUUAUGUGGUCCCUUCUCUGAAGAGACUCCUGACCUCGUGGAGGGGACAGAUGCCUGGACAGCUGAUUGUGAGCAAAGACAGAUGGGCAGAAGUGCCUCAUGGAAGUGAAAAUAGAGUUCUGUGAGAGCCCAGAGGCUCUACGUUCCUCCUGACCUUCCAGACGGUUCAAGAAGCCACGAAGGACCUUGGCAGUCUCGGAGAAGACUUUCUGGAAAAGCGAAGCGACCUGCUUGAGGAUUCCAGCCCAAGCCUGCUGAUUCAUGAUUCAACUUGCUUUCCAUUUCACCACGCUGCCUGCACACUUGUCUGUGACGCGUUUCUUGAACUGUGAUAGGAAGUUUAAACAGUAGACCAGGGUCAGAUGAGGGACGCCCUACAUUCUCCUGAAGAGAAAAGAUGACUGGAUAUGUAGAGGACUUCAGAUAAAGUGUAUAGAGGACGAUGCGUUUGUGGCAUAAUAAACAUUUUUCAGAACUUGU